ACUCCCUCUGCCCAUGAAUGGGCAUCCUAGCCAUGCCCAGGGUUUGGUCUCCAACCUGAUGUAUUCACCUGGAUGCCACCUCCUGUGUCGACACACGUAUCCAAGCAGCACUCUAUCUCCUCACUAUACCAGACAUGCAUUGCCUAAAUAUUCCCCUGGAUCCAAUGGCCUUCAUCCGCUCAGCAGCCCAGCUACUUUGAACAACACGAACAACCUCAGGCUGUUUGGUAAGAUGCCUCCAGUUUGCGGUGGCUUCAUAGUGGAAAGCUGCCUCUCCGAUACCACGAUGAGUCGGAUGUUGUUGCCUCCAGAAGAAAGGCACGUUUCAGAGCAGCCAAAAGGCAUUCCUAUCCCUGCUCCCACCAGAGCCUACUUGCCCAUGGCUCCGGGGGUGGGCCUGAAGGAGAUGCCCCUCACCCAGCCGUCAACUUCCGGUGCCUCAAUAAGCUCAACAAAUGUGUGUUCGAAGCCCUUCGGUCAUCCAUCUAACCUAAAAGCAUGUGACAAGCGUUUCACUCACGCUGGUAACCUGAAGACCCUGCACACCGGAGAGCGGCCAUAUCACUGCAAGCAAUGCUCAGCCAAAUUCACCCAACUCACUCACCUCAAGUUGCAUGGGCGCGUACACAAGACAGAGCGGCCACACAAGUGUCACCUCUGCUCCAGGAGCUACAACCACCUACGCAGCCUGAAGAGGCACCAGAAAGGCCACUGCUGCAUGGUGCCAGACACCAAACGGUCCAAGGAGGAUGACUCCAAGGUCAAUGAUGAAAUCGACAUGAGUGAACGGCAGAAAGAUUGGACAAGGCUGCCCCAGUAACAGACAAGGAGGUGGUAACCGAGCAACUUCCAAUGCCUGGCCUUGACUAAGACCACAAAGAAAAUCAACUCAGAGCAGAAUACCACAAGAACAAUGGAGGCAACCAUUCACCCUCUGACCUCCAUGACAGGGCCAAGACUUCCAACCAUGGUCCAGCA